AUGGAGAACCCUAGACAAUGGCGACAAUUUUGGAGCAGUUUUAACGCAGCAGUCCACACACAAGCGAUUCCAGAAAUACAAAAAUUGAAUUACUUGUACUCAUGUCUUAAAGGAAAGGCUCUACAAGCAAUAUCUGGAUAUGAUAUAGCUCCAGAGAAUUAUGAAGUCAUCAGAAAACUGCUCAAUGAAAAAUAUGGCGAUCACUCAAUAGUAACAACAUUACUCUACAACGAACUCCAAUCAAUUAAACGAAAUGAAAGAGAAUGGAUUGGAACAAUUGAAAAUAUAGAACGAAUUAGAAACUGUCAACAUUCACUCACUCAACUCAAUAUUAAAUCUACAACUACCAAACCGGAACAAAAACAACGAUACAAUCCCGGAGGAACUUCAGCAUUGUCGACAAUAAAAGAUAAUCAAAAUACUUCGAAAAUUACAACAACGAAAAGACGACCAUGUGUAUUUUGCAAUCAAGAUCAUUGGGACAGCGAUUGCGUGAACUACACAACUCUCAAUGCUCGGCUUAGUCGUCUCAAAGUGUUGAAGAAAUGUACUAUUUGUCUUAGAGACAGUCACAAAGGACAGAAUUGUAAUGUCAAAAAACAAUGUUUUUAUUGCAAAAGCUCACAUAAUAGUGCUUUAUGUAAUAAAAGGAAUUCACUUUCUUUAAACAAUACAAUGUCUCAAAGAAAUGAAGAGCAUGAAAGAAUUGGACCUUCGAAACGAAAGGAUUGUUCAACUUCUCUCUAUAACUCCACAUUAACAACUCGAUCCAAACAGACAAAGGAAACCUUACUUUUAUGUAAGGAGAUAAAGGUUUUUAAUCCAUCACAACCUCAACUACAACAAAAUACCCUUGCAUUAUUUGAUAUUGGAUCGCAACUCUCCUUCAUCUCCAAAAAAUUAUCACGUCAAUUAAAGUUAACCGAAACAGAAACUCAAAUUAUGAGAAUAGCUCCAUUUGGUAUGAAAGAACCGAAAUCAUGUCCCACUGCUCGCAUACAACUAAAUGUGCUAACUACCGAAAGCGAAAUCAUACAACUACAAGCAAAUAUAAUUGAUUAUCUAACAAACGAACUGCAGGUAGUGGAGACAUCGAAUGAAUUUCAAAUUCAAAAUUUGACAAAUUAUUGGAAAAAACCUGACGUAUUGAUUGGAGCUGACUAUUUUUUCAAAUUUAUUAACCUACGAGAAAUUAGGGAAUUGAAAUCAGGACAUAUGUUGGUUCAAUCAAAAGUUGGUCCAAUGAUUGCUGGAAGUGGAGAUAUUAAGAAACUCUGCAAGAACGAAUUAUAUCCUAAAGAAGUAGUAUAUUCUACAAACGUCAAUAUUAGCACGGAGCUAGAAAAAUUUUGGAAAUUAGAGACGAUUGGUAUCCAAGAAUCACCUCAAGAUGAUGAUGAUGGAUCAAGCUUUAAAGCAUUUCAAACGGACCAUCAUCCAAGCAGGGUGUGGAAGAUAUCAGUUUGUUGGCCAUGGAAAGACUCCACAAAAAUAAGCAAUAAUUAUGGAUUAUGUCUGGGACGAUUGAAGAAUUUGAUCAACCGCCUACAACAUAAUUCAAAUCUCCAUUCAUAUCAUCAAAUACUUUAUGGAUCAACUACACUCAGAUUUGUACAAAAUCGCAUAGAAGAAAUAAGGAAAUCUAACUUCGAAUUAAAUUACAUACCAAGUGAUCAAAAUCCAGCAGAUAUAGCCACCAAAGGAGUAUCACCACUUAAACUCCAAAAUUGUAAACAAUGGUGGAAAGGACCUCGAUGGUUGGAACUCAAGAAAUCUGAAUGGCCAAAGUGCAAACUUCGCUAUUCAGGAAACGAUGAAUUUGCAGAAGCAAUUGCUUUGAAUUUAACAAAGAUGACUCAAACCUUUAAAAGGAAUAUAAUUGAAUUUAUUGACGUAUGUCGCUUCAGCAGUUGGACAAAACUAGUUCGAGUAACUGUUUGGACUUUUAGAUUUAUUAAACAAACCUGCAAAAAGAAAUUAGUGUGGCUAGAACCAUUAUCCGUAAAAAAGAAUUAUAUGACUAAAGUUGAUUACGAUAUAGCAGAGACUAUGCUGAUCAGACAGGCCCAAUCACAAAUGCUAACGGAGGAAGAAAAGGAAAAAUGGAAUCUAUAUCUAGAUGAAGGUGAACGUAUAACAAAUACAAGCAUUAUCAUAUGGAAUAGCAAUGAUACAACCAAUCAUUGUUUGUAUCGAAGGACCGGAAGAUUCAAAGCUGCAAAAUAUAACAACCACUUCAGGCAUCGCUUAUAA